UGAUUUCAUUCAGUCAGUCAUAAUCUGCGGAUACAACAUGAAACUCUUUGAGCGUCCCAAUUGCUUGUUGAACCGCAGGAAUCGAGUUCAAUUAUUCACCACAUUGCUGAUGAAUCUUAUAUCGAUUUCCCAUGGCAUCGGCGUUGGUUGGCUAUCGCCCACUUUGCGAAAAUUACAAACUCCAUUGUCGCCGCUCAGUUUCGAGUUGGUUGUCUCGGAAGUCUCCUGGGUCGGUUCCAUGCUGGGAAUUGGCUCCAUGACUGGUAAUAUUCUCAUCGGAUCCAUUUUGGGACGCAUUGGCAACAAAUGGUGUCUUCUGCUCAUUGCCAUACCACAUUCGUGCUUUUGGUUUUUGGUGUAUUUUGCCAACAGUGUGGAGUUUCUUUAUGUGGGACGCCUUCUGGCCGGCAUCACGGGUGGCGGCAUGUACAUCGUUCAUCCCAUAUUUCUCAGUGAAAUCGCAGAUGCCAACAUUCGCGGCACGUUUUCGGCCAUGGUCAUGUUGUCGGUGAAUGUCGGGGUGCUGGUGGGCUAUAUUAUGGGGACUCAUCUAGCCUAUCAUCUCAUCCCUUGGCUGGUAUUGAUAUGUCCCCUCUCCUAUUUCAUAUGCGUGUUCCUGUUUAUCAAAGAAUCGCCCAUGCACUUAAUAAGAAAUGGCAAUUUUAAGAGUGCCGAGCAAUCUUUUCGUCAUUACAAGAAUAUUAAAGAUAGUGAUCCGUUGAGUGAUCAGGAUAAGGCCAUGCAAGAAUUCGAGAAGAUGAAAAUCGCUUUGACCAAGGGCGAAGAGUUUCAGGAUAAAAUAACGCUAAAGGACUUUGUUUCCCCAGCCGCUUUGAGGGCCUAUGGACCGGCUGCUGUGAUACUGAUAGCCAAUCAAUUCAGUGGCCUGUUUACGAUGGUCAAUUAUAUGUCGGACAUUUUUGCCCAAUCGGGCAGCACCAUGGAUCCCAAUUUCUGUACAAUAAUCAUUGGAGCAGUACAAAUACUGGGCACAUAUGUCACCACCCUACUGUGCGAUGUUUGUGGUCGUAAGCUGCUUAUGUUGAUAUCCACUGGAGGUGUGGCUGUUAGUCUAACUGCCUUUGGGUUUUUCACCCACUACGCUGGCAUCAUGGACAUGAGCGAAUGGAGCUGGGUGCCAUUGGUACUGAUGUCGUUCGACAUCUUCUUGGGCAAUAUUGGCCUUGUGGGAUGCUUUUUUGUGUGCCUUGUCGAAGUAUUUCCUGUUAAAAUACGUGCUAAAGCUGCUUCCAUGGCCAUAGUUGUUUGCAGCUCAUUCGUUUUCGUUAUGCUCAAUAUUUUUCCACUUUGCCUUGCCCAUUGGGGUAUAUCACCAACUAUGUGGGCCUGUGCGGGCGUAACAGGAUUUGCAUUUGUAUUCUUCUUCUAUUUCCUAAGAGAAACUAAAGGCAAAUCCAUGCUAGAAGAUUGAGAAUUGAAUAAAGAGUCAAUGUGAGCAAUAAAAGUUACAUUAACUUGUGUUUGUAUUUUAGAGAUA